AUGGGGGAUCAUACCUACAAGAAGAAGGACUCUGGCAUUUACGAUGCACUGAACAUGCUGGUGUAUGACUACUUAUUAAAGAUGAAGUACGAGGGAUCAGCAAAGAUAUUUUUCGGUGAGGCUGGGCUGGGAGACUUCAAACCUACAGAAGGUAUGCCUAUACUCGCCCAAUGGUAUGCAGCAUUCCAUGAUAUUUCAGCAGUUAGAUCAGGUCUGUCAUCAAAUGCUCAGGACCUGAACAGAAUAGAAGGGAUAAUGAUGAAGCUAGAAAAUGAAAAGAGACGGUACCAGCGCAUAGGAAGGGUUGACCCGACCAGCAUGGGAUAUGGUGGAUCGAUGGAUCCUUAUAAACAAUACCCUAUGUAUUAUCAGCCUCAGCAAUUUGAUCAGAGAAAGAUGUAUGAGAUGUAUGGGCAUGUAUCACCACCGGUAGAUGCAACUCCGGGGUUCUACGAUCCAAGGAAGGUAGGGAUGGGCACGCCUGGAUACAAGACAAGCCAGGGUUACUCUAGAUAUCCUAGGUUUGAAGACCAGAAUACACCUUCUACUAAGAUGCCUUCAAGACAAUUCAGAGAUGAAGGAAGGAACGGUAGUGCACCUAGUCCCUCUAUGUCUGCAGCCCAGGGCAACAAUAGCCCUCUAUUUGAAUCUGCACUUGGGACAAGUGAUAGGCAGUUUGGUUUAAAGGAGGUGAUGACAUUUAUGCCUAAUGAGCACACGACUGUAUGCUCUGUAGUGGCAAGGGACCAUAAACUUCUGUUUAUUGCAUCUUCUAAUAAGACCAUUACAGCCAUCAACCUGUUAUCCGGAAAGAGCGAAUCGGUUGUAGAAACGGACGAAAGGCAAGUGAUAGAAAUGAAGAUAAAAGAAUGCGAAGGGAUCAUAACAAUAGUAUGUGGGAUUGGAGGAAAUGAGCUUCUACUGGUAAGAUGCAUUAUCAAGGAAUCCACGAGCUUAGAGGUUUUUGGAACUUUAAAAGGGCAUACAGCCCCAAUAGUUAGCUAUGAAGUCCUCGACUCUAUUCAUUCCCUUGAUAGCGGGGGAAUGAUGAGAAAAUGGAGUCUUGAAGGCGUGUUUGAACGAGAAGAAGUCCUUAGUGGAGAGAUCCUUCAUAUAUGCUGUAUAUCUGAGGAUAACUUUAUGUUUGCUGAUAGACAAAGGGUUUAUGUAUAUGACUUUGAACUUAACAUAGAAAUGAUGGAGAUACUUAAAGGCCAGGCCUUAGAGAUAAAACGUAUUAAGGAGGGAUUUAUUGUAGUAUUUAGAAACCAGGCCAUCUGGUUAGAUAAGCGUAUCCAAAAGGUCAAGCUACUAAAUGUAAAUGAAAAUAUAAACACAGCUGCUCUGAUCGAUGAAGAUAUUGUGGCAGCUUCAUCCCAAAGCGCUUGGUUUGACAAUGGAAAGUCCUUGGCCAAAAUGAAGCUUCACGAAACAAAUAUAAUAAGUCUAGACGGUGUAAAUGUAUUUAGAAAGCCAAGCGUUGUUAGCUGUAGUGCUAAUGGAGAGUGUAAGAUAUGGAUCAGAUAUAUUGGAGAUUAA